UGUUGAGAGGGUACUGUCGCUAACAGGAAGAUAGGACAUCGGUCGGUGUCAGCGUUAUUCUUUUGUCGAAAAUGGAACGAAAAGUAGCUCGAGAAUUUAGGCACAAGGUGGAGCUGCUCAUUGACAAUGAGGCUGAAAAGGAUUACCUGUACGAUGUCCUGCGGAUGUAUCACCAGUCCAUGGAGCUGCCCGUGUUGGUGGGGGACCUGAAGCUGGUCAUCAACGAGCCCAGCCGCCUGCCGCUGUUUGAUGCCAUCCGGCCCCUCAUUCCCCUCAAACACCAGGUGGAGUACGACCUGCUCACCCCCAAGAGGUCACGUAAGCUGAAGGAGGUGCGUCUGGAUCGUACUCAUUCUGAGGGUCUGGGGCUGAGCGUGAGAGGGGGCCUGGAGUUCGGCUGUGGACUCUUCAUCUCACAGAUCGUCAAGGAUGGACAGGCUGGAAACAGUGGCCUGCAGAUGGGAGAUGAGAUUGUCCGCAUCAAUGGAUACGCCAUCUCUUCCUGUAUCCACGAGGAAGUCAUCAACCUCAUCAAGACCAAGAAAAUCGUGUCGCUCAAAGUCCGGCAGGUUGGGAUGAUACCAGUGAAGAGUACAACAGAGGAGCCUCUGAAGUGGCAGUUCGUGGACCAAUUUGUGUCUGAUUCUGGGGAUAAGAAGAGCAGUGUGGCAGGCCUGGCAUCCAUGGGAGGGAAGGAGAUCAAGGAGAAGAAGGUGUUCCUGAGCCUGGUGGGCACCAAGGGCAUGGGCGUCAGCAUCUCCAGUGGCCCCACACAGAAGCCUGGCAUCUACAUCAGUAACGUCAAAUCUGGAUCCCUCGCUGCUGAAGUAGGACUGCAGAUUGGUGACCAGAUCGUGGAGGUGAACGGGGUGGAAUUCACCAAUCUGGACCACAAAGAGGCUGUAAGAGUUCUGAAGAGUAGCAGGAGUCUAACCAUCACAGUUCUCACCGGCGCAGGCAGUGAGUUGUUUAUGACAGACGAGGAGCGUCUGGCGGUGGAGGCUCGCAGGGAGCUGGACAGACGAGAGUUGAUGCACCAGAAAAGGGUUGCCCUGGAGACUAACAAGAUGGUCAAGGAGCAGCAGGAGAAAGAGAGGCAGAGAAAGAUGGAGAUUUCUCAGAAGACUGCCGAGGAAGAGGAACGCUAUCGGAAGGAGAUGGAGAAGAUCGAGGCUGCGGAGAGGAAGCACCACAGGGAGUGGGAGGAGGACUGGGCGCCUAGAGAGCAACCCAAAACCAAGAGUCCCUCCCCGGCCCCGCCUGAAAUCAACACCGCACCCCCCAAGUCCAAGAACUCUGCUUUCGGAUGGUUUUAUCGCUACGAAGGGAAGCUGCCCACGCUCCGCAAGAAAGGAGAGAAGAAGAGGAAGAAGAAGAAGGUGUCCAACACAGACACCCUGCAGGAACAGAGGAAAAACAAGAAGGAGAUGGAGUUUGAGCUCAAGCUGGCUGCAGAGAAAGAGGAGAUGUAUGAACGAGAGAAGCAGCUGAAGAUCAGUAGACUGGUGCAGGAGGUGUCAGAGACAGAGCGGGAGGAUCUGGAGGAGUCAGAGAAGGUGCAGCACUGGGUGGAACGUCUCUGUCAGACACGCCUGGAACAGAUUUCCUGUGUGGAGAACGAGUCCCCAGAGAUGUCCCCUCCUCGGUCUCCUGCCUCUGGGCCCAUGGUGAGGCGUUUCCCCGGGGGUCUCCAGCUGGCCACCACUGACCUUGAUGAUUUGAACUUGGAUGAGGUGGACCAGAGCCUGAGGGGGCCCCUGAAGAGACUGGCCCCCACCCAGCCUUCUUCCUCCCAGCCCCCGCCCCCCCUACCUCUCCCUCCACCCUCUCCCAGACUCAACCCCACCAUCCCCAACUUCUCUCCUGCCUCACCACGACCAUCGCCCCAACGCCUCCCCCUUCUCCCCCUCCACCCGCAAGCCCCCUCCCUCUGCUUCUACCGCGGCCUCCAGAGGACGCCAGCCCCCUCCUCCUCCUCCUCCUCCUCCUCCGCCACCCCACCUCCACCUCCACCCCCACCUCCACCUCCUUUUUCUAAGUACCCUCCUACCUCCAUCUCCUCUCACUACCCUCCUACCCCAAUCUCCCACUUUCCUCCCUCCUCCUCACACUAUCCCCCUACCUUCCAGUCCUACAGGCCCCCGUCCUCUCCCCGUCCCUCCCCUCAGCCUCCCCCUCCUCCUUCCCCACCCUCUCCGCCUCCACCCUCCCAGCACCCUGAGGAGCAGCCGGGGGGAGGGUCCCAUGGAGGGUACCACCACCACCCCACCAGUCCCCCAGAGACAAGGAGCGAGUGGGAAGGGGGCGGGUACAUGCCGAGGGGCGGUUACUACUCGUCCAACGCCAGUGAAAUGUCCUACCCCUCCAGCCCUAAGGUGAUGAGAAACACUUCCCAUAUCAGUGGCAUCUCCAAUGUAAGCAAUUCCCUGCAAAUCGCUCCUAGCCCGCCCAACCAGAGGCGUCAGAUGGCCCCUGUCAUGUCUAAACCAGUCAUGCUGUCCCAGAAUCAGUCCCAUCGACCUACCCUACACGCUGAGGGCCUGCCCCCGGAGAUGCUGAAACGGAUGGUGACGUAUAACAACUCGUUUAGGUCCAACAACAAGAGACAAAGUGACGUGUGGAGUGACUGCCUCCUUUAUUUCCCUGGUUCCCAACCUGUCCUUUCUGUUGGAUGCAGUAGUCCCUUGUACACAUUCAAUACCCCAACUAAAUUGACUGUGGAAGUUAAGUAUUAUGUACAUGCAUUGGGCCUUCUUUUGUCUCAAGGUAGAUAUGCAGAUGGCGUGGAUGCUGAGUAGUGUAGAUAUGUGGUUGUACGUCUUCUUUUUAGUGUUCAGGUUGCCCUGAACUAAACUGAACUGACAGUCCAUUGUCCCAUUGUAAAUGGCAUAUUAGUGUUCGAUACAAACUGAGACCACAAGCAACUUCCUGUGCAAUGGGAAGAAGGGCCUCCAUGUUUUUACUCGACCCUACAGAUCAUGCUUAUUGUCAUUAAAAACCUCGAGUUGACAUUCCUUGCCUUAAAAUAUACUCUGUGGCACCCUGCUAUCGCACAUAUUCUGCACUAUAGCUGGUGGAAAGUAGUGCACUAUAUAGGGAAUAGGAUGCUAUUUGAGAUACAAACGUGUACCGCAGAGAGCCUUUUGUACCGCAGAGAGCAUCAAUGUCAUUGCAAUAAAUUGGCUUCUCAUUCAGCCAGAUUUAAUUAACGUUCAUUCUGACAUCCUCAGACUGAUGUCUCCAGUCAUGAAGGACGCUAUACAAUUAAAUUGGCAUUUGUUUCAAACUGGAGACGUCUGCUUUUUGAAAUGGAAAGUGCAGUGUGAUUGCCUUGUUAACUGAGCUGUUGCUGCAGUGGUUGAGACAUGAGUCCUCUUUCUCCUGAAUGGAGAUUGAGGAGCUGUGGCCCUCAGAUUUUGAAGGCCACAAAUGACGGUGUUUGUGUGCGUGUAUAUCAAUGAAUCUCCUUUUACAAUGUUUUGAAGUGAAAAGAAGAAAUGCUGAUUGGGCUCAUUGAUUUGAGUUGAAAAAUAAAUGCUGCACUCAUGGAAUGGCAUGAUUUGAUCACUGAAAAGUGCUAUUUACAUGUGAAAAAUGAAUGGCAUUUGCUGCCUUUGCUAUACUGUAGGACUAUUGUUUACCUUUUUGUUGGUGACACUUUGAUAUCUUGAUAAUAUGCAGCUGUUUAAAGGGCAAAUCCACAGAUGAAACUAACAAACCGUCGCCCCACCUCUGUUUUGGCAAAAAGCUGAAAGAUGGGCCUGGAUGCAAGGACGGACUAUCCAUGAUAUCAAAAUGAUUGUUUUAACCAUGCUAUGAGGCCAUACAGUGGUUGUUUACAUUUACAAUGUUUACAAACAUUUAGAGAAAAACGUGCUUAUAUUUUGGGUUCUCAUGGAGUGUAACACUUGAACUAAGCUUAUGAGGCAUUUAUAUUAUUCAAGAAUCAAAGGAUAUACAGUUGAAGUCGGAAGUUGACAUACACCUUAGCCAAAUACAUUUAAACUCAGUUUUUCACAAUUCCUGACAUUAAAUCCUCGUAAAAAUUCCCUGUCUUAGGUCAGUUAGGAUCACCACUUUAUUUUAAGAAUGUGAAAUGUUAGAAUAAUAGUAGAGAGAAUGAUUUAUUUCAGCUUUUAUUUAUUUCAUCACAUUCCCAGUGGGUCAGACGUUUACCUACACUCAAUUAGUAUUUGGUAGCAUUUCCUUUAAAUUGUUUAACCUGGGUCAAAUGUUUCAGUAGCCUUCCACAAGCCUCCCACAAUAAGUUGUGUGAAUUCUGGCCCAUUCCUCCUGACAGAGCUGGUGUAACUGAGUCAGCGUUGUAGGCCUCCUUGCUCGCACACGCUUUUUCAGUUCUGCCCACAAAUUUUCUAUAGGAUUGAGGUCAGGGCUAUAGGAUUGAUGGCCACUCCAAUACCUUGACUUUGUUGUCCUUAAGCCAUUUUGUCACAGCUUUGGAAGUAUAAUUGGAGUCAUUGUCCAUUUGGAAGACCCAUUUGCGAUCAAGCUUUAACUUCCUGACUGAUGUCUUGAGAUGUUGCAUCAACAUAUCCACAUUAUCUUCCCUCCUCAUGAUGCCAUCUAUUUUGUCAAGUGCACCAGUCCGUCCUGCAGCAAAGCACCCCCACAACAUGAUGCUGCCACCCCCGUGCUUCACGGUUGGGAUGGUGUUCUUUGGCUUACAAGCAUCCUCCUUUUUCCUCCCAACAUAACGAUGGCCGUUAUGCCCAAACAGUUCUAUUUUUGUUUCAUCAGACCAGAGGACAUUUCUUCAAAAAGUACAAUCUUUGUCCCCAUGUGCAGUUGCAAACCGGAGUCUGGCUUUUUUAUGGCAGUUUUGGAGCAGUGGCUUCUUCCUUGCUGAGUGGCCUUUCAGAUUAUGUCAAUAUAUACUGUGGAUAUAGAUACAUUUGUACCUGUACCUGUACUUGUACCUGUUUCCUCUAGAGGUCGACCGAUUAUGAUUUUUCAACGCCGAUACCAAACCGAUUAUUGGAGGACCCCAAAAAAAAGCUGAUACCGAUUAAUCAGUCGAUAAAAAAAAUAAAAAAACAUUUAUUUGUAAUAAUGACAAUUCCAACAAUACUGAAUGAACACUUAUUUUAACUUAAUAUAAUACAUCAAUACAAUUUAUUUAGCCUCAAAUAAAUAAUGAAACAUGUUCAAUUUGGUUUAAAUCAUGCAAAAACAAAGUGUUGGAGAAGAAAGUAAAAGUGCAAUAUGUGCCAUGUAAGAAAGCUAACGUAUAAGUUACUUGCCCUUAACAUGAGAACAUAUGAAAACUGGUGGUUCCUUUUAACAUGAGUCUUCAAUAUUCCCAGGUAAGAAGUUUUAGGUUGUAGUUAUUAUAGGAAAUAUAGGACUAUUUCUCUCUAUACCAUUUGUAUUUCAUAUACCUUUGAUUAUUGGAUGUUCUUAUAGGCACACACAUUAGUAUUGCCAGUGUAACAGUAUAGCUUCCGUCCCUCACCUCGCCCCUACCUGAGCUCGAACCAGGAACACAUAGACAACAGCCACCCUCGAAGCAGCGUUACCCAUGCAGAGCAAGGGGAAUAACUACUCCAAGUCUCAGAGCGAGUGACGAUUGAAAUGCUAUUAGAGGGCACCCCGCUAACUAGCUAGCCAUUUCACAUCGGUUACACCAGCCUAAUCUCGGGAGUUGAUGGGCUUGAAGUCAUAACAGUGCAAUGCUUGAAGCACAGCAAAGGGCUGCUGGCAAAACGCACAAAAGUGCUGUUUGAAUGAAUGCUUACGAGCCUGCUGGUGCCCACCAUCGUUCAGUCAGACUGCUCUAUCAAAUCAUAGACAUAAUUAUAACAUAAUAACACACAGAAAUACGAGCCUUAGGUCAUUAAUAUGGUCGAAUCCAGAAACUAUCAUCUUGAAAACAAGACGUUUAUUCUUUCAGUGAAAUACGGAACCGUUCCGUAUUUUAUCUAACGGGUGGCAUCCAUAAGUCUAAAUAUUCCUGUUACAUUGCACAACCUUCAAUGUUAUGUCAUAAUUACGUAAAAUUCUGGCAAAUUAGGUGGCCCAAACUUUUGCAUAUGCACUGACUCUACGUGCAAUGAACGCAAGACAAGUGACACAAUUUCACCUGGUUAAUAUUGCCUGCUAACCUGGAUUUCUUUUAGCUAAAUAUGCAGGUUUAAAAAUAUUUACUUCUGUCUAUUCAUUUUAAGAAAGGCAUUGAUGUUUAUGGUUAGGUACACAUUGGAGCAAGGACAGUUCUUUUUCGCGAAUACUCACCGCAUCGAUUAUAUGCAACACAGGACACGCUAGAUAAACUAGUAAUAUCAUCAACCAUGUGUAGUUAACUAGUGAUUAUGAUUGAUUGAUUGUUUUUUAUAAGAUAAGUUUAAUGCUAGCUAGCAACUUACCUUGCCUUUCUGCAUUCGCGUAACAGGCAGACUCCUCGUGGAGUGCAAUGAGCGGCAGGUGGUUAGAGUGUUGGACUAGUUAACUGUAAGGUUGAAAGAUUGAAUCCCCGAGCUGACAAGGUAAAAAUCUGUGGUUCUGCCACUGAACAAGGCACUUAACCCACCGUUCCUAGGCCGUCAUUGAAAAUAAGAAUGUGUUCUUAACUGAUUUGCCUAGUUAAAUAAAGAUUAAAUAAAGGUGUAAAAAAAAAAAUGGCCAAAUCGGUGUCCGAAAAUACCGAUUUCCAAUUGUUAUGGAAACUUGAAAUCGGCCCUAAUUAAUCGGCCAUUCCGAUUAAUCAGUCGACCUCUAGUUUCCUCCAGCGUCUUCACAAGGUCCUUUGCUGUUGUUCUGGGAUUGGUUUGCACUUUUCGCACCAAAGUACGUUCAUCUCUAGGAGACAGAAUGCGUCUCCUUCCUGAGCGGUAUGACGGCUGCGUGGUCCCAUGGUGUUUAUACUUGCAUACUAUUGUUUGUACAGAUGAACGUGGUACCUUCAAGCGUUUGGAUAUUGCUCCCAAGGAUGAACCAGACUUGUCAAGGUCAAAAAAAAUCUGACGUCUUGGCUGAUUUCUUUUGAUUUUCAGAGAGGUGUCAAGCAAAGAGGCACUGAGUUUGAAGGCCUAUUCCUGCUCUUUUCCAGCAUUCCAUCAAACCCAUUUGGUGUGUCAUCAUAGUGGUCUCUGACUUGUGGUCAGACUCGCUCAGGUGGAACAAAUGUAAACUUCCGCCUUUUUUCAAUGUUGAUUUGAAUGUCAUUGAGAAAACAGAGGAGUGUCAAAGAUUUUUCAAAAGUAUCUGUAAUCUGAUUACAAUAUUUUUGCUGGUAAUUUAACGGAUUACAGUUACCGUUUUUCUGGUAACCCCUUACAUGUAACGUUUUACGUUACUCCCCAACCCUGUAGGCGCACCAGGCUUCAGUGUGUCAAGAACUGUAACGCUGCUGGGUUUUUCACGCUCAACGGUUUCCUGUGUGUAUCAAGAAUGGUCCACCACCCAAACGACAUCCAGCCAACUUGACACAACUGUGGGAAGCAUCGGAGUCAACAUGGGCCAGCAUCCCUGUGGAACACUUUCGACACCUUGUAGAGUCCAUGCCACGACGAACUGAGGCUGUUCUGGGGGAAAGGGGGGGGGGUUCAUCUUAAUAUUAAGAAGAUGUUCCUAAUGUUUUGUACACUCCGUGUGUAUAGUUAGCCUUCUCUCUACAGUCGCAUAGACCUUGUCAUCACUUUAUUUUUCAGAGCUGGAAAGACAUGGAAAAUGAGUCCACAGCCUUGGUUUUUGUUGUAUUAUAACAUUCAUCAAUUUGAAAUACCAUUUAAAGACAGAAGUGGUUGUCAAAGGAAAUCUAGCCCUUGUGCACUCACCACACUCGUUCUCUGUUAGAACCUAAUUACAUCAUUACAUGCCAACGUCAUUUAGAAAAGUAAUAAGCUACAUUGCCAUUGCCAUUGUGUAAGAUGUCAUAUUACUGAGCAAGAAAUCAGUUAAGAGACCAGGGUGAUAUAGGGCCUGCAUUAUAGGCCUAUUGUUCGACCAUGCUUCCUAGUGGCGUUGAACCUCAAAUGCAGCAUUGCCAUG